AUGACCUCCAAGAUAUUCCACCGCUCCUUGACCGCGUCGUAUCCUUCAGCUAUCGGGGGUCAAGGAUGCUACGUCGUCACCGGCGAUGGCAGGCAGAUUCUCGACGGCAGCAGCGGCGCCGCCGUAUCAUGUCUCGGCCAUGGAAACCCAGAAGUCACCGAUGCCAUUGUGGCGCAGGCUCAGGCCAUGUCCUUCGCCCAUACAUCCUUCUUCACCUCCGAUCCCGCAGAAGAGCUGGCCAAGGUGAUGAUGGAAAAGAGCGACGGGGCUUUUUGCCGCAUGAUGCUGCUGUGCUCCGGGUCCGAGGCGGUGGAAUCGGCGCUCAAACUGGCCCGGCAGUACCACGUCUACCGGGGUCAGCCACAACGCAUCAAAAUCAUCGGCCGCAUGCACUCGUACCAUGGCAACACGCUGGGCGCACUGGCGGCCGGCAACAAUCCACCGCGGCGGAAGACAUACGCGCCCAUACUCAGCCCGAGUUUCCACCAUGUCAGUCGCUGUUUCCAUGCGGCCGACGGGCCUGAUCUCGAGGAACAAGUGUACGAGGACCAGCUGAUUGCCGAGUUCGAAGCCAAGUUCCACGAACUCGGCCCGGAAACGAUCGCGGCCGUCAUCGUCGAACCAGUGGUCGGCGCCACCCUCGGAUCCGUGCCGGCGACCAGCACGUACCUGCCGCGGCUGAAAGAGCUCUGCCACCGACAUGGCGCGCUGAUCAUCUUCGACGAGGUCAUGUGUGGCAUGGGCCGGGUGGGCACAUAUCAUGCCUGGCAGCACGAGAAGCUGGGUGGUGUGGCGCCCGAUCUCCAGACCAUCGGGAAAGGCCUGGGCGCCGGGUACCAGCCCAUCUCGGCGGUGCUCAUCGGACAAGGCGUCUACGACACCUUCCAAGCCGGUGCGGACGGAGCCCAGGCCUUUCUCAGUGGCCAUACCUACCAGGGACAUGCCAUCGGCUGUGCGGCGGCGCUGGCGGUGGCCAGGAUCGUGCAUCGGGACCAGCUUCUGGCCAAUGUCGUGCGAAUGGGCGACUUGCUGGAAACCACCCUCCGCCAACAACUGCCGCCCAUCUUCACCGAGCGAGGCGGGAGCAUCCGUGGUCUGGGCCUGUUCCGCACCGUUGACUUUGGCCAUCUAGGCGAUGCAUUCGGCGCAAAAGCACCGCUGGCCGCCCAGGUGGCCGCCGAAACCCUGGCCCAAGGGGCUGCCGUGUAUACGUGCUCGGUGGCGGUGGAUGCCAUUUUGUUUGCACCGCCCUACAUCAUUACCCGGGCGGAAAUCUUGACCUUGGUGCGCGCCUUCCUCCGAGCACUGGAUGUAGUGUUGCAACAACGGGGGAGUGGGAAUAGUAAUGGAAUUGGGAAUGCGAUUGGGGAUGGAAUACAGCCUUUGGUAGAGAGUAAUGGGAUUGGGGACGGCAUUGGGGAUGGAAUGCAGCCUUUGAUAGAAAGGCUGUAG